CCCUGCCCCGGCAGGCCGCGGCUGAGCUGGCUCAUCCCAACACACCAGCGGCUGAGCUGGCUCAUCCCAACACACCAGCGUCAUCCACGGCUCUGCGGCUCCCGGAGCCGGGCCCGGGCCCAGGCCCAGCCCCGCCUCGCCCGGCGCCGCUGCCCCGCCCGGCCGCAGGCCCGGCCCCAGCUGCGCGGAGCGGCCGAGCGGGAGGGAGCGGCUGUGCCAGGCUGUGCCAUGCUGUGCGGAGGAGCCUCGGCGGCUCGGCCCGCCACGGACGAGACGCAGCGGAUCGCGGACGAGGUGAAGCCUCAGCUGGAAGAAAAAGAAGGGAAAACAUUUGAUGUCUUCACUGCAGUGGAGUUUAGAACUCAGGUGGUUGCUGGAACCAACUACUUCAUCAAGGUCCAUGUUGGCAAUGAUGACUUUGUGCACCUGCGGGUGUUCAGAAGCCUUCCUCAUGAGAAUAAGCCUCUCAGUCUCCACAGCUACCAGAGCAGCAAGGCAAAGCAUGAUGAGCUGGCUUAUUUUUAGCCACCUUGUGUUUUUUGUAAUGGUUUCUUGUGUGUGUUCUUUAGGGGCUGCACAAUGUUGAUUCUGUGCCAAGAAAGGAGCAAAGAAAGUGUCUUUUUUAAAGCUUAAUGCUGGAGGAAAAAAAUCGAUUUCUUUUAUGCCACUCCCUUACUGUGCAGUACCUAAACGAUAGAGUUGCACAAGUCUGCUUUCACCUACACUAACUCUGACCUACUGAGCUGCUCUGGCUUCGGUGCAUCUCAACUGGAAUUCUGUGGCUGGGUCCUGUUUGUGGCGUUCCUUGAGCUGGGAAUUGAAGGGGGAGUGACACUCGUGUAUUCACAGCAAGUAGUGAGAGGGAAGGCAGAGUCUCUUCUGUGCUGUUUAGCAGCUGUCCGCCUAGCUGUAGAUUGAACCUGGACUCUGUAGUUCAUUGGCAAAGGCCUGCAGAGAGACUGGCGAUGAAGCGUUAGAGGAAGAGGCCAAUUACAGUCUUUCGAACCAAACAUUCCCUUGGUAGCCGCCUUUAUGCUCUCGGAGCAGUAGGCUGUAAAGACCAGCAGGGGGCGCAGGAGUUUAAGAUAAGCCCCAACCUGUUCCUUGUGUGUCCUAAGGAAAGUGCUGGAAAGGAACUUAAGGUGGACAAACAUUUCUGUGCUAAUAAAUAUUUCUCAUGCGCUGA